AUGGCUCCUCGAUUCUGGACUGCGCUGUAUGCGCUAAGCUUCGGCCACGCGGCUGUCGCAGCACCGCAGCUUGCAGCUCGUGCAACUGGCAACCUUGACACAUGGCUGACAUCGGAGACUACAGUUGCACGACAGGGUAUCCUCGAUAACAUUGGAUCGAGUGGUGCCUAUGCUGCCAGUGCAAGCCCGGGCAUUAUCAUUGCUAGUCCCAGCACCAGCAGUCCUGAUUAUUAUUAUACUUGGACACGCGACUCCGCCUUGACGAUGAAGGUGUUGAUUGAUCUCUUCAAGAACGGCGACACCUCACUGCUCUCAGUGAUCGAAGAGUACAUCAGCGCUCAGGCGUAUAUCCAGACUGUCUCCAACCCAUCGGGUUCUCUCUCCUCUGGUGGCCUGGGUGAGCCCAAGUUCAACGUUGAUGAGAGCGCCUUCACCGGGGCCUGGGGUCGCCCACAGCGUGAUGGACCUGCCCUCCGGGCUACUGCCUUGAUUGCGUUUGGCCAAUGGUUGAUCAGUAACGGCUACACUACCCAGGCGACCAACAUUGUCUGGCCCAUCGUGCGCAACGAUCUCUCCUAUGUCGCACAGAACUGGAAUAGCUCGGGAUACGAUCUCUGGGAAGAAGUCAGCGGCGAAUCAUUCUUCACCAUUGCAGCGCAGCACCGUGCUCUGGUUGAAGGUAGCACUUUUGCUAGUCAAGUCGGCUCGUCUUGCUCUUACUGCGACUCACAGGCCCCGCAGAUCCUUUGCUUCCUACAGUCCUUCUGGACCGGAUCUUACACCCUGGCCAACUUCGGUAGCAGCCGCACUGGCAAAGAUGCCAACACUCUCCUUGCUCCGCUCGAGCACUGGCUAAUCACAAGGUGGUCACUGACUCUUUCCCCCUCCAUCUAUACCCUUAACAGUGGCAUCGCUGAAGGCACUGCCGUGGCAGUCGGCCGUUACCCCGAGGACUCUUACUACAAUGGCAACCCUUGGUACCUGUGCACGAUGGCUGCUGCCGAGGUGCUGUAUGAUGCUUUAUACCAGUGGAACCGGAUUGGUUCUUUGACUAUCAACUCUGUGUCUCUGUCCUUCUUCCAGGACAUGGACAGCUCUGCAGCUACUGGAACUUAUUCCUCAUCUAGCGCAACCUACUCAACCAUCGUCAGUGCGGUCAAGACUUAUGCCGAUGGAUAUAUGAGCAUUGUGGAGAAGUAUGCCAUGACAAACGGGUCCAUGUCUGAGCAAUUCUCCAAGUCUGACGGCUCCCAACUAUCCGCGCGUGACUUGACCUGGUCCUACGCCGCUCUGCUGUCUGCAAACAACCGACGCAAUUCCGUCGUCCCAGCUGCCUGGGGUGAGAACUCAGCAAGCAGUGUACCAGCAACAUGCGUCGCCACAUCUGCCACGGGCACCUACAGCACUGCCACCUCCACCUCAUGGCCCGCAACCCUGACCAGCGUGUCUGGAUCGACGACCACUACUAGCGCAACAACCACUGCGACUGGAACUACCACCUCCAAGACUACGACUACUUCCACUUCGACUACAUCUUCCACUACCUCCUGUACCACCCCGACUUCCGUGGCCGUUACAUUCGAUCUUAUCGCAACGACCACCUAUGGCGAAAACAUCAAGAUCGCAGGUUCCAUCAGCCAAUUGGGUGACUGGGAUACCGACAAUGCAGUCGCAUUAAGUGCAGCAGACUAUACAUCCAGUGAUAACCUCUGGUUUGUGGACAUUGACCUACCUGCUGGUACUAGCUUCGAGUACAAGUAUAUUCGGGUCGAGAGCGAUGGAAGCAUCGAAUGGGAAAGCGACCCGAAUCGCUCGUACACUGUUCCUGCAGCCUGCGCCACUACUGCUGUUACGGAGAGUGACACCUGGCGGUAA